AUGUCGGCCUCCCUCCCCGGUGGCCGCGAGCUGCCCGCCUCCCAGCAUGACCUCAGCACAUACUGGGGUCGCGUACGACACAACAUGGGCCUAACGGAUCCGAGCACCCUCCUCGUCGGCAGCACCGGACUCGAGCAAGCGAAGUCCCUCCUCACCGACUACAAGCAAGGAAAGAUCCCGUUUAUGACCCCCGACCUCUGGAAGGCCAAGAAGGUCGUCGACUCGACCCUCCACCCAGGUGCGACGAGCCCGGGACCCGUUUCUUUCUCGACUAACACGCGGGCGCGCGCCGACCGUCCAGAUACCGGCGAACCUGUCCUCCUUCCCUUCCGCAUGUCCGCCUAUGUGCUGACCAACCUGGUCGUCACGGCCGGCAUGCUUCAGCCGGGCCUUGGAACAGCGGGUACGAUUGCGUGGCAGGUCAUCAACCAGUCCCUCAACGUCGCCAUCAACUCGGCGAACGCGAAUAAGUCUUCCCCCCUCUCCUGGCGCAAGUUAGGCGAGUCGUACGCCAUGGCGGUUUCCGUAUCGUGCGGUGUCGCCGUCGGUCUGAACAAACUUGUGCCGCGCCUGCGCAACCUCACCCCGGCCACCCGCACGACCCUCACCCGCCUCGUGCCCUUUGCCGCCGUCGCCUCGGCCGGUUUCCUCAACGUCCUCCUGAUGCGCGGAGAAGAGAUGCGCACCGGCAUCGACGUCUUCCCCGUUCUCUCCGACGCCGAGCGCGCGCGCAAGGAAAAGGAGGAGGGCGACGGCGCCGGCCAGCCCCAGUCCCUCGGCCGUAGCAAAAAGGCGGCUCAGAUCGCUGUCGGCGAAACCGCCGCCAGCCGCGUCUUCAACUCGACGCCCAUCAUGGUCAUUCCGCCCUUGGUGCUCGUCCGUCUGCAACAGCAACAGUGGCUGAAGCAGCGCCCACGCCUGACUGUGCCCGUCAACCUCGGUCUCAUCCUGGUCACAAGCUACGCAGUCCUCCCGCUGGCUCUGGCCGUCUUCCCCCAGCGGCAGACCAUCAGCGCCGACAAGUUGGAGCCCGAAUUCCACGGCCGCGGCGGGACUGACGGCCUCGUCGUGUUCAAUAGGGGCUUAUAG